UCGCAGCUGUUAGUAGCAAGACCUCUUCAUCUUUGGGUCUCAGUUUGCUGAAUUCUUUGGGAUAGCAGGGGAUGUUAUGUGUUCUGUGAGGUUGAUUGGGAUGAAUCUGAUGUCCCAGUGUGCAGAGAUGCACCACCUGUGGAAACAAAGCCUCUGACGCUGUUUUCACGGGGAUAAUCGCUGAUCAAGGCUUGGAUUUGUAUGACAAAAGAGUGCACCAUGUGGGCCCAGAAGAACCCCCAGCAGGCCGUGUCUUCCGUGUCAUCUGCAACACCUAAUGGCAAUGGAGCAGUUCCGUUGCGUUUGAGAAGAAAGACGACACGAGGUAAUACAACAGCAAUGAGCAGGCGAAGGAUCUCCUGCAAGGACCUGGGCCAUGCAGACUUCCAGGGAUGGCUUUUUAAAAAGAAAGAGAGCAAGGGCUUCAUUGGGCACAAAUGGAAAAAGUAUUGGUUUAUGCUGAAAGGGUCCUCUCUCUACUGGUACCUCAAUCAGACUGCAGAGAAAGCUGAAGGCUUCAUUAGUUUACCGGAGUUCAUGAUUGAUAAAGCUUUAGAGUGUAAAAAGAAACAUGCUAUCAAGGCAAGCCACCCACAACUCAAGAGCUUCUACUUUGCUGCAGAGAGUGCCGAUGACAUGAACAAGUGGAUGAACAAGAUGGGUUUGGCUGCAAUUCAGUACAUGCAGGAAAGCCCAAAGGCAGCCAAGCAAGAAGAGUGUUGGAGUGAGAGUGAGCCAGAAGAUAUGGAGAUUCCAGCUGAUGUGCCUCCCCCACCACAGCCCACACAGUCGACAGAGACUCAGUCCCCAUUCUGUUCAUCACAAUUGUCCAGCGAAGCAUCGAGUUCCUAUUCUUCAUCAGAGAGCACCAGCAGAUCUUCUGUAUCUGCAAUAUCAUCACCCAAAUCAUCUUAUCAGGAAAGACAAUCAUGGCUUGACAUCAUUAAUUCAUCGCAUGCUGAACUCGAGCACCAGUCCUUAACCUCCACUGUACAAUCUAGUGUAGGAUCUUCACAGGAGGAAUCUUCACAGUGUGAAACAGCAAUAUCCCAACUGGAAAAGACUCUCUCUGGAUCCCACGAGGAUUUGGCUCCUGGAGAACUACAGCUCACUUCUAGCAGGGAAAAGAUGGAGAUAGAGGAACAGCCAACCAUGCUGAGUACCUCGGAGAAAGAACAACCACAGAGUUCUGAUGAAAUGGAGCAACUGUACAAGUCUUUAGAACAAGCCAGUCUUUCACCCAUUGGGCAGCACAGACCAUCCUCGAAACGGGACUACAGGAAAUCCUUCAUAAAACGCAGCAAGAAUCCUAUCGUCAAUGAUAGGUUACACAAAUUCCGAGCUUUAAACAGUACAUUAAAGUCAAAACAGGCGGACCUCGCUGUAAUAGACCAAUUGCUGGAGGAUACACAGUUCACAGCGGAGAAGUUCAGGCAGUGGAAGCAGGACUACUCAUUGCUGUUGCAGGAUAUCUGCAAGGUUUACCGUCCAGAGACCUGUUCAGAAGAGAAUGCAAGCGCAUCAGAGACUCUGAACUCAUCCCAUCUCGAAACAGAUGUCUGAAGCACUGAGAGGAACUUCACCUAAAUGUUACCCUUCCACUGCUUUGGUCCAUCUUUGAGUACUGGAGGACCACCAGUGGGCCAACACUGGCUUGACUGAUGGACAGUCAUUGUUAUAUUUAUAAGUAGACAUGUAAAGUGGAUAUCUGCCUACAGUGUAGGGUUCGGGAUGCUAUUUAACCUGUAAACAACACACAGACACUACUGCACUGACAAUAAUGGAUUGUCAUUGUGCUAUUUGAAGGAAUAUAAGAUUCAAGGCACAAGUCUGUGAGGGUGUUACUCAUGCUGGAACAGCACUUCACAAGUUACAAAAUUCUAUUAUUUCUACCGUCAGCAUUGGGCCUGGCAUGAUUCGAGAGCACAGAACAUUUGAAAGGUAUUCCCACGUGUCAGUAAUUUGAUACUCAUCAGUGUAAAAUACCACUUUCAGGGAUUAGAGAAAGUACCAACCCAUUUCUCCUACAAUAAAUCUGAAUUGCAUCGAAACGUCAUAUUUUAAACACGUUCAAUUCCUGCCUGAACUGAUCAAAGUGCUUGUAUAUCCGUAUUAUAAAAUGUACCUGAGAUCUUAUGUUUACAGGUCUUGCAUUUUACUAAUCAAAUUUAAGUAAUAAAGCGCAAAUAAACACUGA